CUCUAACAUGGGAAUUUCGAAGAAGAAGUUUAAAGUGUGCAGGAAGAUGAACCCUAAGUUUUUGCUGAACUCGGUCAAGCCACAGAUAACUCCUGAUAAUGAGUACCUGAUCGUAGCAAAAGAUACCAAGUUAUUGAUUUAUAACAUAAAUACAGGAUUUUGUGUAGCCAAAUGUGUAGUAGACUUCUCCAUCAAGCAAAAGACUGGAUACGUCAAGGGAUUCAGUGUCUAUGGAGACGGAGACAAGAUUAUAGCAGGGUACAAGAAAGGCUUCAUCGUUGUGUGGGAUAUCAGCAAGAUCCUAGAGCCUGGUAUUGAGAAUUUUGUGUCGUUUGAUCAUGAUAUUGAUAAUAUUGUCAUCAAUUCUGAGAGUAAACACGCUAUAGUUGUAAAUAGAGCUCAGAAAAUUGUGAAGAGCUUUGAUAUUCUUAAUAACUUCUCACUCGCUUCAGAGAUCACCAAUGAUGCACUUGCUAACUACAGAGGCUCUAUCACUUGCUCAGGAGACAGCAAAUACUUCGCAUUCAUUACUCAAAGGAUCAUCACAGUCAUUGAUUUGGAAAAUAAGGACUGAAAACAAUUCAGAGCAAACUUCAAUUUGACCACUAUUAAGAUGCAGUCAGAAGGAAAAUACUUAGUCGUUGGAGAUUGUGUAGGGAAAAUCCAUCAUUACUAUGACUUCUUCAAUGAGCACGGACCUACAAUUUCGUCGAGACACUGGCAUUCCAAUAGAGUCAAUGUCUUAGAGUUCACUAAAGACAACGCUUUCCUUCUCUCAGGAGGUAAAGAAGCUGUUCUUGUUCUUUGGCACCAAGUCACACAGGAGAAUAGUUUUGUGUCCAGAAUUGGAAACCAAAUCGUCAACCUCUCUACCAGUGAUGAUGGAACUCUUUUCGCAGUUUCAAUGUCUGACAACUCGAUUAAAAUUAUCAGAGCUCAAAACUAUGAGAUCGUGCAUCACUUUAGAGGACUUAUAGUUGAGCCUGGUAACACAAAAUUUAUCCAAAACAAUACUAAGAAUAGCUCGAACAAGGAUUUGAUCUUUUACGGAAACACUGCUUGCCCAUCAACCCUACAAGUAUACGAUUCCGUACUGAAAAGAGUGUCUGGGGUGCAUUCUUCCUUGAACAGAAAUUAUGUCUCAAAUUCCUUUGGUGGAAACAACAGCCAAUACCAGAUCAAAGACUGUAUUUUCUCUUCCACUGGUGAAGAAAUGAUCACGUAUGAACAAUUAAACCAAUGCUCCAGUCCAAAUGAUGAAGCCCAGCUGAACACUGAUAUUAACCUCAAAACCCUUAAGUUCUGGAAGGUCUACUCUGAUGGAACUUUUGGGUUAGAAGCUGAAGUCCCUGAUCCACAUUUCUCCUCAGGUAACGAAAACUGGAUGCUCAAGGCAAAUACUUCAGCAAGCACACAGAACAAAGUUUAUACAGCCAGUGGAAAUGAGCUCAAAAUAUGGCAGAAAAAGAAAGGGCAAUCCUUCGAACUUCUUUGUACACUAAAGUACAAGGACAUUCUUGACGAGACCUUUAUUCCACAACUUCAGGAUAAUAAUUCUGGGUCUGAAUCUGAGGCCACUGAGGAUUCAAAGCACUUGGAAACCCUUACUAAGGUGAUCAAUAAGGGAGACAUCAGAGGGUUCCAGCCUGAUUUCAUCUACAAAGAAAAGGAUUCAGGCCUCUGUGUGGUCUAUGACGACUACAUCACCAUCUGGGAUGAGAAGACUUAUGCCUUAAUCUCCCAAUACAAACUUAAAAAGCCUACUGAUUACGUUAUCCACAAGGUAGUGUUUGACGGCAAGGGAAGAAGACUGGCCCUCCACACAUCAAUUGGUCUCAAAGUGAUAGAUGUUGAACUCCAACAAGAGAUUUGGAAACUUGAUUUCACAUCUAUAAAAAUGAUCGAAAGUAGCCAAGCUAUUAAUUCUCAGUUCUUUAUCACCAUGAAUUCAGAAGAUGUUGAUGGAGGAAUCACAGAUGCACUGUUGAUCUUUAGCUUUAGGACUGACAAGCCACUAAAAAUCAUUAAAUUCCCAGCGAUUGAUAGUAUUUCUUAUGGAAAAUAUGUUAACUUGAACAACCUAGAUUCCCCUUCAAUCUGUAUCCUGACUUCCAAAGGUUUUAUCCAGUACAUCAACUGUAUGAAGAGAGGUGAGAAUGAAUCCCAGACUAGAAUUGAGCUAAUCAAGAGAGAAAGCUCUUUCCACAGUCCAGAUAUCACUCCUAUGAUUAACUUUGGUGACCUUGAUGAGGAGCUUGAAGACUUCAAACUCGAUGAAAGAACAAAGAUCAGCACUGCCAAGACCAAGAAUAAUUAUGACGCUAUGUCCAAGGCUAGCGAUAUGUACUUCAGCAAAGCAAAAAUCUUCACAAAUAAUGUUUCAGAGUCACUCAAUGAAUACUUUUCUACUAUUCUUAAGCCUAGAACUAAAGAAGAUGCUAGUGAAGAUUAUGAUUUAGAGAUGACUGAUAUUGCAAAGGAUCAUAUAGAUACAUCUGCUAAAGAUUCUCUCGAGUUUAGAACCGAUCACUUAGAGUCCCAGUUCGACGAAGUCCUUAAAAGAGUGUUCAAGUAAAUCCUUCAAUAUCCAACA